GCAGUCCCUGACGUAUAUGGAAAACGUGACGUGAGGUUUGGGUCACCCAGGUAGAAUUAAGCUGAAUUUAGUCAGGUUUAAGGUUUCAAUUCAGGUAAAAAUACCUGCUUUAACGUCAGAAGUAACCAUGCAGAGCCGAUACCACAUAUAAGACAGGAUGUGCCAGCCAAAACAAAAACAGUUUAUACUUUUCUGGCUUUUUAUGCUGCACUGAUAGUCUUUUGGAAGAUGAUUUUUUUUGGACGAAACUCCAGGAAGUGACAUCCAAGGUAACGUCGGUUGCCAACAACCAUCCACCACCAGGGCCAGAUGGCAGAAUGUAACAUGGCCAGAGUCGUCAAGGAGGGACAUUUGUGUCUACUGGAUGUGCGGGACACUGGAUUCAAGAAGAAUAAGUAUUGGGUAGAGCUGUCCACUACUCCACAAGAACAUGUGUACCGGCUGUGCCUGUACUAUGACAGGUUCCCUCGGGAGCCGUGGCGACUGUUCCCACUGGAGCCCAACACGUUCUGCGGCUCCGAGUGCGGCAAACUGAACAAGCGCGACCACGCAGAGGAGAGGUACUGGGCGCUGGUCCUGACCACCGGGACCCUGCUGUUCCAGGAGGGGCGGGGCACCAGGAAGAAACCGGCCGGACACGCCAACAGUGUCGAGCUGUGGGACCAGGAGGUCAGGAGGUGCAUGAGGGACCGAGGCCGCUGGAUGUGUCAGUCGGUGAAAUCCCCAGACCCUCCCCUCCCUCCCGAGUUUAUCAUCAACCUGACAGAGGUCUCCCUCAGCUUCACAUCCCACAUGGCCAACAACAGGUCAGCGCGUAGCCACGGCCGCUGGGACAUCACACACGUUGCCAUUGAAGAUCCGGAAUAUCAAAAUGUCAAGGAGGACGGCCAAUCUUUCUUAAAGCUCAUCGUUGGGAAGCCGGGAAAAAAGAAAGGUAUCUACAUGCUGAAGCUGCCUCCACAAGCCAGGUUGGAGUUGGUGACAAAAAUCAGAACUCUUCAGUCCCGUUGCGGCCCUCCCACACCACCCCGGCCUGGGUUAGACGACGUCCAGUCCCGGCCGCUUCCCGACUGUCCUCCCCCCACUGUGCCACGGCCUCCCGCCACAUUAUCGCCUGGAUCCUCCCCACGCAGUAAACCCACCCAGUUAUCGCCUGGAUCCUCCCCACACAGUAAACCCACCCAGUUAUCGCCUGGAUCCUCCCCACACAGUAAACCCACCCAGUUAUCGCCUGGAGCCUCCCCGCACAGUAAACCCACCCAGUUAUCGCCUGGUGCCUCCACACACACACCACCCAGCCAGUUAUCACCCAGACUCCCCCCACAUUCGCAACCCCCCCAGCCACUAUUUGGAACGUCCACACACACACAACACACCCAGCUAUCGCAUGGACCCUCCCCACACACACAACCCAACCAGUUAUCAUCUAGAACGUCCCCAAGUACUCCACCUACCCAGUUAUUGCCUGGGGCCUCCCCAGCCUUGGAUGUUGGCAGUGAUACCACGGAUCACUCCCGGUCCCCUUCCCCAACACGUCGAGGCCGAAGCCCUCCCUUCCGGAAAGUAGGGGCCACAUCCAGCCAGCUUAAGUCAUUAGGGAAGUGCCCCACGCCACCCCUACCAAAGGCGCAAGCCUCACCACUCGUUCCAACGUCCGGGCCUCACUCAAAACACUUCCAGAGACCAGGAAACGAGGGGAAGAGGCAGCUGCCCUCCCCUACGGAAACAAUGUCUAAAUCCACCAAUGUCAUCAGGUUUAGUUUUAAUGAGAAGUUUGCCGACUUGGUUCCAGAUUUGAAGGAUGACCCGUUUUACCAAAAUCCGACCCUGAAAGGGAGAAAGAGCACCAAAUGCCCCCCUCCCCCUUCAGAAGCUCCAAAGGACUGGCUGAGGAAGCCUAUACCGGCACCUAGACGAGCCACUAGCAGCCAAGAUUUGUCUGCAGAUGAGCAUUAUGAGGAAAGUCCGACUGUGGAGCUGUGUGAUCAAGAGCAGCAGCCGGACAACGGCCAAAAGAAAGAUAUCAUGAGUGUGUUGAUGGACAAAACCCUGGAAGAAGACAGUCUGGGACUGCCCAAGGAGAAGUGGGAGAAAAUGCUGCUGCUGCUGUGCUUCCCCAGCCCCCUGCAGAACGACUGGAAAGACCUCGCAUCCAAACUAGGUCUAACCAAUACAGAUGUGAUGUUACUGGAAAGUGUAAGGGAGAACUACAAGAAGCUCCCUGCUCGAUACGUCUUCAGGUACUGGCAGAAACACAGGCCCCUCCCCUACAACCGACAGGAGGUACAGAGAGUACUGGUGGAUCUGGAGAGGCUGGAACUGGCUGGCAUGUUCGAUGACUACUGCCGUCUACCCAUUAAACGUGUCUCGUAACGGCAUUCAUAUGCAUGUGCAGUCAAAGCUGAGCUAGUGACUGGCUGUUGAUGUGCAAUCUAAUCUGUACUGGUGACCACCUCUACAUAAGGACCACCUGGCCAAUGAUAUACAGUCAAACCUGUACUAGUGACCACCUCUACAUAAGGACCACCUGGCCAAUGAUAUACAGUCAAACCUGUACUAGUGGUCACCUCUACAAAAGGACCACCUCGCCAUUGAUGUAGUCAAACCUGUAUAAGUGACCAUCUCUGCAUAAGGACUACCUGGUCAUUGAUAUACAGUCAAACCUGUACUAGUGGUCACCUCUACAAAAGGACCACCUCGCCAUUGAUGUAGUCAAACCUGUAUAAGUGACCAUCUUUGCAUAAGGACCACCAGGCCAUUGAUAUACAGUCAAACCUGUACUAGUGACCACCUCUACAUAAGGACCACCUGGCCAAUGAUAU